GCUCGCGUUUCUAGAGAGGCCAUCUCACGCCGCAGCGCCUGAGUGUAGCGGUGCCUCUCCGCCCGCAAACGCAGCCCUUCCAGCGGGAGACGCUUGCGGCACACGAACGACUACAAACCGGCCGCCUCCCGCCGCGGCCGCCGUCGCUCGUCCCAGGAGGCCCACAGGCAGCCAGCCUCACCAUAAGUGAUUGCAAGCGCCUCGACGCCAUCGCUGCGCAGGAUGACGCGCGAGAAAGUAGUAGCCCACAAGGAGGUCGGAGUAAGGGACGGCAAUUCAUUGGCGCGCUGCCUCUCGACGCAGGAACUGGCCUACGAGCGGGAUAGGAUGACGAAGGAGCAGAAGUACGAGGACCGCGCGCCGCCCAAAUUCACCCUCCCCACGACCGUCUUCGACGCAUCGAAGGCCGUCGCUUACCAAAGGACGCAGCACACGACUACUGGUAGGGCUUUGGCCGAAGUCGCAAGAGCUUACAGACGAGGCGACGUGACCUACGACCCCGUCUCUCGUAGAGGGAAGAUGGCACCAGGUAUAAUACAACGGGAAGCGCGGCCGCGGCCGGCGACGCCCGACGCGCCGUCGCCGCGGUUUCUGACCGAUGAGGGCGUCCCGCGGAAACCGUAUACCAUGAGGCGGCACGAGUACAUCUAUACUAUUUCAGCGGACGAUGUGGAUGCCUCGAAGGGUCGUCUUGAUGACAUCCUGGACGAAAGGAGGGCGUUGGAAGCGCGGCUAUCGUCCCUGCAAGCGAAGAAGGAGGAAGACGAUCGGGCCCUGCCGCGCUACUACCUCGAGACGUACCGCGAGCCCAUGUCGGCGCGGCCCGUCUGCGGCGAGCGCAAGGGGAAGAUCUUCACGCACUAAGUUUGUCUAUGA